CCUCUUACUACAUUGGACCUGGGGUGUACUGUGGGCAAGAACAAGUAUGGUUCCUAUGCCUGUGGACAACAUAGCCUAAGAUUAGCUGAGGGUGAGAAUCGGGCAUAGAUACUGCUCUUUUGUCUACCUGGAUGGUCAGCCUCUCCCUAGGAGCCUGACCUUGGCUCGUAGGAAACACUGAGGACUUAAGCUGAGAUCUUCGUGUGCAACCAGGUAGCCACGGCAGGUGUGCUGAGCUCUGGGCAGAACCAUCGUUCCUGAUUCUUCAAGGUGGACCCCAAGGGGGAAAUCCAACAAAAGCAGUGGCCCCCAGACAGCAUGAAGACAAUUGUGGAGCCAAGGUGCCCUGCUACCUGGCCUACACUUGUGUUGCCAGGAAGCAUCACAACAGAAGCCUUGUGUAUGUGACAUCAGGCAUUAGACAGGCAGCCGAGCCCCUUCUGUGACAGGGUUGGAGUCCCUGACCUAGGAAACACCGCUGCUGAAGACCGUGAGAACCAGGAACUAUUAGCACUGGCUCCCAGAGCUUGUCAGUCUAGGACACACAGAUGUAAACCUAGAGAUGAGACCUGAGGAGAGCUGGAGCCAAGUUGGCCUUGUACAGUGUGAAGAAGCAGACUCUGCCUUGGAAGAGCCCAUCAACGUAGAGGAGGAAGAUGGAGGUCUUCAAAUCUGCCGUGUAUGUGGGGACAAGGCCAAUGGCUACCACUUCAAUGUCAUGACGUGUGAAGGAUGCAAGGGGUUUUUCAGAAGGGCCAUGAAACGCAAUGUCCGGCUGAGGUGCCCCUUCCGCAAGGGGACCUGCGAGAUCACCCGGAAGACACGACGGCAGUGCCAGGCCUGCCGUUUGCGCAAGUGCCUGGAGAGUGGCAUGAAGAAAGAGAUGAUCAUGUCCGAUGCCGCUGUGGAGCAGAGGCGGGCCUUGAUUAAGAGGAAGAAGAGGGAAAAGAUUGAGGCUCCACCUCCUGGAGGGCAGGGGCUGACGGAAGAACAGCAGGCGCUGAUCCAGGAGCUGAUGGACGCUCAGAUGCAAACCUUUGAUACAACUUUCUCCCACUUCAAGGAUUUCCGGCUGCCUGCAGUGUUCCACAGUGGCUGUGAGCUUCCAGAGUUUCUGCAGGCCUCACUGUUGGAAGACCCUGCCACAUGGAGUCAAAUCAUGAAAGACAGGGUUCCAAUGAAGAUCUCUCUGCAGCUGCGCGGAGAAGACGGCAGCAUCUGGAACUACCAACCCCCUUCCAAGAGCGACGGGAAAGAGAUCAUCCCUCUUCUGCCACACCUGGCUGAUGUGUCAACCUACAUGUUCAAGGGCGUCAUCAACUUCGCCAAGGUCAUAUCCUACUUUAGGGACCUGCCUAUUGAGGACCAGAUCUCCCUGCUGAAGGGGGCCACUUUUGAGAUGUGCAUCCUGAGGUUCAACACGAUGUUCGACACGGAAACGGGAACCUGGGAGUGCGGCCGGCUGGCUUACUGCUUCGAAGACCCUAAUGGUGGCUUCCAGAAACUUCUGUUGGAUCCAUUGAUGAAAUUCCACUGCAUGCUGAAGAAGCUACAGCUGCAUAAGGAGGAGUAUGUGCUGAUGCAGGCCAUCUCCCUCUUCUCCCCAGAUCGUCCUGGCGUGGUCCAGCGCAGUGUGGUAGACCAACUGCAGGAGAGGUUUGCCCUCACCCUGAAGGCCUACAUUGAGUGUAGUCGGCCAUAUCCUGCUCACAGGUUCCUGUUCCUGAAGAUCAUGGCUGUCCUCACUGAGCUGCGCAGCAUCAACGCCCAGCAAACCCAGCAGUUGCUGCGCAUCCAAGACUCGCACCCCUUUGCCACCCCACUCAUGCAGGAGUUAUUUAGCAGCACAGAUGGCUGAGUGGAAAUCUCAUGGGGCAGCCAGGCCCAGACAUUCUGAAUUGCCACUUCUAGGGCUAGACAGAUGGACAUACUGAUAGCCAACAAUGCCCUCUGACUGCAGCUGGUUAGCAUUUUUCAGGAAAAAGACAUGGGAGCCCCCAAGUUCAGCCUGUGGGAAGUGCUGGCCUAUGAGUUAAGACAAUCUUUGUGGUUGGGAAUAAACCUCCAAAUCCCACUAAAUUCUAAGGUGUUAGGUGGGAGAGGAGGGAGCAGGUCAAACCCUGUAACAGUUGUACCCCCAUGCCCCACACAUUCCCAGCCCCAGGCUGCUUCUCGAGCUGCUUGUGUGUUCCAGACGCGAGCUGACCUUCAGGUUCACAAGUAUCACUGCUGAAGGCUUGCAGCUUGUCCUGACCGUGUUCUGGACAUAUCAGUCAACUUCCUGCAUCUGCCCAAACACAUUUUUAGUCACUAACAAUGUGACCAGCUGUGUGUGUUGGGGGGAGGGGGAAUAGGGUUACAGCACGGACUCAGAUGUGGAUCCUGACCUCAGACUUUAAGAAGACCAAGCUGGCUGAAGUCUACAUAAACUCUUAUCAAGACUUCACACUCACUGUCCAUUAGAACCUAAGGAAAAACAGAAUCUCUUUACUUAGACAAUGGCAUGCAUUGAUGGCCUCAGCACACAGGAGACAUAGGCAAAGUAAAAACCACAGGCUCGCUGGGUGUGGUGGCGCACGCCUUUAAUCCCAGCACUUGGGAGGCAGAGGCAGGCGGAUUUCUGAG